AUGUCCACAGAAAAGAUGAAGAGCUGGGAUUUGAAAGGAUCUGAAGAUCUGACUGAGCCAGCAGGAUGCAGCAGUGCUUCUCCUGCAACCACUGAGAAGACCAGCCCAACAGGUCCAGAAGAAGAACCUCAAGGGAAAACAGAGCUCCAAAACAUGUUCCAACUGAAGCAAUGCUUAGAAAAAUGUGCACUGGACUGGACACCUGUCACUGAGGUCUGGCCCAAUGUCUUCAUAGGAAAUGAAGAGACAGCAAUGGACCGAGCUAGACUAAAGGAGAUGGGUAUUACCCACAUCCUGAACACUGUAGCUGUGAAGAAAAAACGUAGGGUCUUGUUAGGAAUACCAAGAAAGGAUGACCUAUUAGGAAAGGCCAAUAUAGGGGUGAAAUAUUACAAAGGCAUGAACAUCAGUUACUAUGGUGUGCCUGUAACGGAUGACCAUUUGUUUGACAUCAGCAAAUACUUCUACCAAGCUGCAAAAUUCAUCCACAAGGCCCUGAGUAACACAGAGAGUAAGGUGUUGGUGCACUGCUUAGAUGGUGUCAGAAGAUCUUCCACUCUUGUUGUGGCAUAUCUGAUGACCACCAUGACAUGA